CUGGGAAUCAUCUCUCGACCACCUUCGCUCCUUCUGUCUCGAUCAAACCGUCCUUCUCAACACGAGCGUCUCAUUCAACAAUUUCAAAUCUCUUAAUCACUACUAAUAUAGUUUCUACAUUGAGUCUUUCGAACCCAAAAUGGAAACUCAAGACCAAGGUCCGCAAAGCCAGCGGGUAUCAGUCUUACCAGAUGGCUUGCAAGAUAUCAAACACAGCUGGGAAUUCCAGGGGUUUGAUGAUCACUCCACCAACGUCUUGGUUCUUCACCCAACGAGCACCCAGAUCCAAGACUCAACAUUCCCCAAACGCUUCAUCGAGGCCGCGGGCCUGCUCGGGGCCGAAGCCAGCGGUGUUUUCAAAAUCGCCAUCCCCGCCGACCUGGCAGACUCGCCACCAUACCAACUCCCCAGCGGCUCCUCCUACAACCACAAGACCGCCAACGAGCGCUACCGGUCCUACCGCCGCCAGGGGCUCAAGGCCACGGGCUUCGUGCGGCUGCACGACGGGCGCAGGAACGCCAAGACUGCCCGGAAGGCCGAGACGCCGGUCAGGCAGGCGGCGGCGUGGGCCCGUCCCCCUCCGCAGGCCGAGGCAGACCACGCGGCCCAGCUGCUCGACAUGUGGAACCAGCUGCGCACGCCAACGACCCGACUCGCAGCAGGCACGAUGCGGUACAUUGUCGACGUGCCGCUCGAGACGCCCGAGGACAGGCGCCGGGCGGGCGUCCCGGAGCGGUCCGUCAUCUGGCCGCUGGCCGGCAACCACCUCGACGAGUAUGCGCCCAUACCGGGGCUGUGCUACCCGUACAAGUACGAGGGUACGGCCCUGGCGCCCUUCACGUGGCACGUCGAGGACGUGGGCCUGAUUUCGCUGAACCACCUAUUCCAGGGCGUCAAGGUCUGGUUCUGCAUACCGAGGGCGGACAGGCUCGCGGCCGAGGAGGUGUUUCGGUCCGCGCCCAUGACGGCAACGGCGGCGAUACCGCACCACGAGCAGUUCAUGCGGCACAACGCCACGCUGGAUGGGCACGCGGCGCUGAGGAGGGCUGGCGUGAGGGUCGUGCCCGUGGUGCAGAGGGCGGGGGAGAUUGUGGCCACGCUGCCAGAGGCGUACCACUCGGGGUUCAGUGCUGGCUAUACAGUGUGCGAGGCGGUCAACUUUGCGGACCGGCCGCUGCGGGUGGGCGAGGACAGGGCGUGGUGCACGCUGGCCUGUUCGCCGUGUCCGAUGAACCACUUUACGUUUCGGCGGCGGUCGGCAGAGGUGCACGUGGAGACUGGGGAAGGGUUGAAUGGUGCCGAGCUCGACGGACGCAAGCGAGCAAGGUCUGGAGAUGAUGGUGUGUGUGGUUUGAUUGGUCAGAAACGCGGCAGGAUGGGUGUUGAGGUUGUUGGGUAAUGCGUGG